AUGAAGAACAGCUGUUCCAUCACCCUUGCCUCCCUGCUGUUGCAUGCAGGGGCUGCUCUCGCAGGACCUGUUCUUGCAGUCGACGACAUUCUCUCGCCGCGGCAUUCGAGGCUGAGAAAGCGUGCUGAGUGUGGUCCUGGGAUUGGCUCGUGCAAUGCUGGAUCCUGUUGUUCGGAGAGUGGCUUCUGCGGAACGACGGGUGACUUUUGUGGUGGCUCGGCUUGCCAGCUCGAAUACAGUGAUUCUUGUGAUACUUUUUUCGGACCGAGUGGAAGCAGCACGGAGAGCAUUUCUCGACCCAAGAUUGGCAGUGUUCCCUAUGGAAGCAUCAUCAAGACCUGCACUACCCCUGGUGUGGUUGCUCUUACUUUUGAUGAUGGUCCGCUCACCUACACUAAUGACAUUUUGGACCUCCUUGACUCGAAAGAUGUCAAGGCCACGUUUUUUGUUGCUGGUAACAACAGGGCUAAGGGCCACAUGGACGACUCUUCUAACCCAUGGCCAGCUGUGAUGAGGCGCAUGCACUCUGCAGGCCAUCACAUUGCCAGCCACACCUGGACCCAUCGAAACCUCAACACGGUCAACAGCACCAUCCGAACUUCUGAGAUGAUCUACAAUGAAAUGUCUUUUCGCAACUUGUUUGGCUGGAUCCCGACUUACAUGCGUGCCCCGUACCUCGAGUGCAACGCUGGAUCGGGUUGCCUAGCUGAGAUGUCCAGACUCGGAUACCAUGUCGUGGACCAAAACGUUGACACAAAGGACUACGAGAAUGACAGUCCUCAGCUGAUCCAGAACUCCAAGAACAGGUACUCUGCGGGCAUCUCUACCAACUCUGCCAGCAACCAGUACAUUGUUCUAGCUCAUGAUGUUCACGACCAGACCGUGCACAACUUGACUUCGUACAUGAUUGAUACAGCCCGCAGCCGUGGAUACAGACUUGUCACUGUUGGAGAAUGUCUUGGUGACCCUCGGUCGAAUUGGUACCGAACAGCCUCGCGAGACCAAGAUGUCACCAGCACUUCGACUGCGGCUGCUACACAGACUGUACCACCCACUACAGUAACCUCAACCACCAAGGCUACGGCCACAGGUGGGCUUGUCAUUUCGCCCAACCAGCGAUGCGGUGGUGACACUGGCUACACUUGCCAGGGGUCUGCAUUUGGCAGCUGCUGUUCAUUCUAUGGUUAUUGCGGUUCGAGUGCGAGCUACUGCGGAACAGGCUGCGACGCCGACUUUGGAACGUGUACGCCUCCUUCAGGUGGUGGCAUCCACGACACUACAAACGGCGUCUGCGGCUCCGAAGUCAAUGCGUCGUGCAGAAACUAUGGAUCCAAGACGUGCUGCUCUCAGUACGGAUACUGCGGUAAUAGCGCGACUCACUGUGGAUCUGGAUGUCAGAGUGGCUUUGGUACGUGCACUUGA